UUUUCCUCCAUCCAUCCUUACGGGACCACCCUACAGGGCUCGAAUGUGUAAACCCCCUUCUCAAGGUCCUUCCAGCUCUUCGAUCGCAAGGUGUCAAGAUUCUUUGGGUGAAUUGGGGGCUUACAGAGCAUGAAUUGGACACCAUCCCUCCAUCUCUUGCACGUGGCUUUAGAAAAAAUGGAAGGGGCGGGUUUGGCUCCCAGCUCCCCGAAAACUUUGGCAGAUUAUUGAUGAGAGAUGAAUAUAAUUCGGAGCUUUACGGUUCCCUUCAAGAGGAGUAUCUCGAGGGUAAGGAGGCCGGAACCGAUGUUUGGAUUCAUAAAAACAAAGGAUGAGUGGGCUGUGGGGUUACCAAAGUGGUCUAGAUCUCUAUCUUCAGGAGAAUGGGAUAAACACGCUGUUUUUUGCAGGUGUCAAUGCAGAUCAGUGCGUGUUAGGGACGCUGGUCGAUGCGUAUUUUAGAGGGUACGAUUGUGUAGUAGUGCAGGAUACUAUUGCAACCACGUCUCCGACGGGUGGGUUGGAGAAUGUUAUUUACAACGCUGGAAAUUCAUAUGGUUUCGUUACUGACACGGGAAGAAUCAUCAACGCAGUAUAUUCAUGAAAAGUCGUACCGUAAGGCAGCCAUGUGUUGGGGAGUAGUGGCGAAGAAACCAGGCAGAUACCAUCAUAAGGAGCAUUGUUACAGAUCGACUUUGUUUUGGCUUCGUACAAUCAUAAUGGUUGUG